GCAGCAUACCUGCACUUCUUUUUCCAGAAUCUGAUGCCUGUUGUGCGGGAUCCUGUAUGCCGGAAUAUACACAGGCUUAACUGCAGGUUCUAGAGUGAUAGUGUCCAACCACAUGCAUUCUGAAUAAGGCAGGAAUAUGAUGAAUGUAGCACCAAAUGUGUCCCUGGUCAUACUGCAUGUUUUACUAUUGACGGCUGCCUGUCUGCCUGCUGCUUGGUCUCUACCAGAACCUCCAGACCUCGCCCACCUGAUGGCUACGAUGUAUGAUAGACCAUUCAGAUCUUUAGCAGACCUGAAUGCAUAUACAGAUAACAUUCUGGAUGUUGCAAAUCUUCAGAUUAGCAAAGCAUUUUCCGUAGAAACUCGGAGAUAUAAACGAGACCUUGACGUCACUUCCAUGAAGGUAAAUAGAACAGACAAACUGGCGCUCAGUAUGUCUAGUAAGCCUUCUCUCCUUCAAGAGGUCUCAGCAUUGCAGGCUGUGGUUGCGCAAGACAAAGACUAUUGGGUGUUAGGCUAUCACAGCCAUCAUAACCUCACGGUGCUCGAGGUAUCCAGAAAUGAAAGCGCACUGCACCAUUUAGUAGACUCAGAGUUAAAUAUUUUCGGUGGAGUGGACAAAAUUACUAGCCACAUCAUAGGCGGACAGCUCUGGAUCGCGGUGGCCCCCCCUUCAGCCAACUAUGUAGGAAUCGUGAGGGUGGACCUCGCUUCGCCGACGGCGGCCGAGUCCAGUCAGAUUAUCCCUGGAGAAGGCUUGGUGGGCGGCCUGUUUAUGUUCGAGGCGGCGGGCGAGUUGUAUUUGGUCGUCGGCGCCAAGGACCCAGCCGGCGAUGGUUCAUUUCAUGCCAGAUCUCGAUUAUAUCGACUGAAUGGCAAUUACUUUGAUCGCCAAGAUGAGCUAGUCUUCAGAACCAAGGAUGUGUAUGAUGUUACAGGCUUCAGUGAAUGGGGCAAUUAUUAUCUCGUGUUUGCCAUGGCAUAUUCUGAAGGUUCACAAGUGUACAAGUUCGACCCUGUGGUACAAACUGUGACCCUCCUGCAACAACUUCCGGACACUGAUGUCUACAAAGUUUUGCACUACAUUGAAGCACAAGAAAACAAGCAUUAUAUUGUGACACUGAAUAAUGGAGGAUCUCCCAAAAUUUACUGGUGGACAAGUGAACAGCUGCUUCUUUGGCAAGCUUUAGACUCCAUUCCCCUGAUGCAUGAAAGCAGCAGCGUGCAGACGUUCUUGUUCAAUUCCCUCGAAACUAUAGUAAUGGUUUCUAAUGGCGGUAGAAUUACUAUUUACACGGACGAUACAUCCGGGCAUUACCGCUCCGACUUCGUCAUAGAAACCACCUGUAGCCUCAUUGAUAAUAUGUUCAUGGUCCCAAUGGAAGAAAAGCAUGUGUUAAUUUACGCAUGCAAAGACGAUCAAGGCAAUAGCAGUCUGGAGGCACUAGAUGUUGUAAUAGAGGAAAUCGAAUUGGCGCCUCCCAUGAAUGCGCCAGGCGGACUUCUCCUUUGCCUAAAAGACUUGCGAAGCGAGCUGGAUGAAAGGCAGCGUGGUGUAUCAUACCUCGAGAGUGUUACAGCGACUGGUGGCCUGAUGACCACAGAUAUGAAGCAGACUUGGACCGGUCCAGUGACGUUUUCUGGUGGGCUGUCUGUUAGAGGCAAGACUACUAUUCAUACCGUUACCAUAUUGGGAGCUGACGCUGUCGACCCGAAUGCAGACACUUUCCACAGUUUCUCGAACAAAACUUCUGAACUUGAGGAUCUUGUGGAGACCCUCGCCUCCAACAUAUCGGACAUACUUUAUCAUUCUGGGAACCAAAACAUCAUCGGCCCUGUUGAUGCCACUUCGCUUUCCUGUGAUAAGUUCGAGUCAAACGUUACCAGGAUCGACAGGUUAAAUGAUGUGCCACUCCUGAACAUCCACCGUAUGUUCAUGAUGGACGGAAUCGACCAGAAUGUUAGCUCAGUCCUAUCACUCCACACAAUGAACACGGAACGCUUUAUCACGCGCACGGGGUUGCCAGCGGCCACCAUCAACGGCAUCUACUCGGACCAGUUUAUGCUGAAGAAUGCCACCUCUCAGGAAGUGACCGGGCACCAUGCGUACGGACACAUCCAUGCAACGGCUCUUAACUCUAACAAUGGCGUGUCCAUGCUUAUUAACGGAGUAGAUACGGAACACAUGGUUGUAAAGGAUUCUAACGCCACCUUCACCUCUGUGAAGACCUUCCAAAAUUUAACUGUGGCUGAGACAUUGAAUGCUGGUUUGGUCAAUGGUGUUGAUUUAGCUGACCUGUCGAAUCGCACCGUGUACACAACAGUGCAAACAACCCAGAUCCUGAGAGGAGACUAUACUUUGGGUACCGUCAAGGUCGAGGGCAACGCAGACGUAAAACUCAUAAAUAAUGUUGAUUUGAAACUGCUUAAUGAGUCUGUUGUUAAGACCUCGGGUGACUUUACUUUAUCAGGUAAGAUAGCUUACCGGGUGUUUAGCGGGGGAAGGGAUUUUAAACCAAAUCCCAGGGGUGAAUAA